CGUCAAUCAUUACCCGGUCUGGGGAAGGCAAUACAGUCCACUGACUCGGGUUGAUUCCCUUGAGUACUUGUGGCGGCUGGUGGCCCUAGCCACAUUAUCCUUUACCACCAUGUCGAAGCUCCGUGACUUCCAGAACGAGAUCGAGGAGAUACACGAUCGCGAGGUAUCAAGGCAGCGUGCUCAAGGGCUAAUAGAUGUGGAUAAGGAGAACAAGAGACCAAUACGUCCUGCGCCAGUAGAGGUGAAGCCGGAGGGCGAGUCCAGUGCGUCUGGGGAGAAUGGCAACAGCAAUGAUCUGGAGGGGAUGCAAUUGGAGAUACAGACGCUCCUGUUAUCCGGAAUUGAAGCAGAUCAUGAUCGUGCGAGAGAUAUGAUCGCUCAGCUGCUGACGAGAGCAAAGGGGGAGUGCAUCUUCCGCAUAGGAACUCGACCCCCGAACACAAGACUCUUCAGUGGCGAACCAUUAGAUGGUCCGGGAUGGUCUGGCGUGACAAGGACAUUGGAGGAGGUCGACACGCUAUGUAAAGAGGUUGUUGCAUGCACCGAGGAAGUGGGGGGCAAGGCGUCCAUACUGCACAGGGCGGUGACAGGGCAGGCUCGCGCGGCCCUGUUGCUUCGAUUACCUCCUCCAAGCGUCGCGCUAACCCCGGAAGUUCGUGUAGCCGUAGUUGGCAAUGUGGACAGCGGCAAGUCCACAACGUUAGGUGUACUAACACGAGGCGGCCUGGAUGACGGAAGAGGCCGGGCACGAGUAGGACUGUUUCGGCACAAGCACGAGAUAGAAACUGGAAGGACAUCCAGUGUGGGAAUGGAGAUACUGGGAUUCUCCCCAGAUGGCUUACCGAUACUACCGAAGACUGCGAACUCCAUGGAUUUAGACACCAUCCGACGCGAGAAGAUGGGCUGGGAGGAAAUCUCCGUGCAAGCUGCCAAGAUUGUGUCAUUCAUUGAUCUCGCUGGACACGAGAAAUAUUUGAAGACAACGCUAUACGGCCUCACCUCUGGAGCGCCGGCAUGCGUCAUGCUCAUGGUCGGUGCCAAUGCCGGACUGAUCGGAAUGUCGAAAGAGCAUCUCGCUAUCUCUCUUGCUUUGAGUGUGCCGGUGGUUGUUUGUAUUACGAAAGUUGACAUGACCCCUCCGAAUAUUCUGGCGGAAACCAUCAAGCAAGUGGUGAAAGUUUUGAAGAGCCCCGGCUGUCGGAAAACGCCGGUAUUUGUGAAGUCGAAAGAGAUGGCUAUCGAAUUGUCACAAGUUUUCGCAAACGAGCGUCUGUGCCCAAUAUUUCAGCUUUCUAACGUCACCGGCGAAGGAUUAGAUUUCGUCCGUCUAUUUCUAAACCUUCUCCCAUCAGAUGAGCACGAUACCACCAAAUUCAUGAAUGAUCAGCCGCUCGAGUACUCCGUCACAGAUGUCUGGUCUGUGCCAUAUGUUGGGACUGUCGUCAAUGGUAUCUUGAACGGAGGCACGGUUAAGACCGGCGAGCAGGUCCUGCUGGGACCUGACUCGAACGGGAACUAUCAGUCCACGGUCAUCAAGAGCAUGCAGCGAAAGAGAGCGCCGGUGACGACCGCGGAGGCCGGCCAGUGCGUUUCUUUCGCACUGAAGCGGAUACGACGUCAAGCGGUUAGGAAAGGCAUGGUGAUUGUACAUAAAACGGAGACACCGCCGCGAGCGAUUAGGAGGUUCGAGGGUCAAGUGCUCAUCCUGUACCAUAAUACAACCUUGCAGAAGAACUAUCAGGCUAUGUUACAUUGCGGUGCUAUACGACAGACGGUACGGAUAACGGAUAUGGAUCACCCUCAAGGGAUCCUGCGUACGGGUGACCGUGCCACUGUUAAGUUCGAAUUCAUAUCCCACCCCGAGUUUGUCAAGGAAGGCAUGAAGCUGCUAUUUAGGGAGGGGAAGACAAAGGGUUUGGGUGUCAUCACACGAUUAUUGGAUUGAGAGGGUUGCGGUUCCGGCUUGCCAGUGAAUCCCGUGCUUCCAUCUCUCCUCUUGUACUUCAUAGGUACUCUGUAUGUACUACAUAGGGCUACACUUUGUCCUCUUUCUACUCUUGGACUACUGGGACUACACUAAUCACGACAAAGUGGUAGCUUGUGGGGGC